UGUUCAUCUUAUUUUUGAUAUUUAAUCCUAAAAAUGGUUAGUUUUGGUUCUUAUUACUAACAAACAGACGGUGGAGAUAAAGAUAAAGAUGGACUGUGAAGGAUGUGAGAGGAAAGUGGAGAAGGCACUGAGAGGGAUGAGUGGAGUGACACAGGUGGAUAUAGAUCCGAAGCACCACAAGCUGACGGUGGUUGGGUACGUGAAUCCAAAGAAGGUUUUGAGACAUGUACAACACAGGACUGGGAAGAAGGCCGAGUUCUGGCCUUACAUCCCUUACGAAGAAGUGGCUCACCCUUGCGCUCCAGGUACUUAUGAUAAAAGGGCACCAACUGGGUAUGUGAGGAACACCAUGGACGACCCCAGGAGCUCGAAGCUAGCUCGGGCUAGUACCAUGGAGGAGAAGUACUCCAACACCUUCAGCGAUGAGAACCCUAACGCCUGUUCCGUCAUGUAAUGGUAGGGAGAGAUCUGUUCAGUUCUGUUCUGUUUCGUUUUAGCAAGUCUGACUUGCGGCCGCUGCGCUUGUUUUAUAUGAAGUUGUAGCUGCUCUUCCUUCCUUUUUUUUUUUUU